CGGGGGAUCCUUGCGAUACACUUUUGGUAAUGAAUCCAAUAACCAUGUUGUUGGCCGCGGUUGGCCGUAAGACUGUAAGAUAAGUGUGGUUAUGUUAAAGUUCACGGCUUUUUUAAUUUUUAUUGUACAAUUUGGCGAAUUAUUUCUCUGAAUUUGUGGACUGUGAAAAAGGCGCUUUUGUUUAAUUUACUUCGAGUUGAAAUUUCUAAAUAUAAGUGCGUAAAUUGAAAAUCUAAAACAUCGUCGAAUAUUAACCUUUGGUAUUCACAAGACGCUCGAACAGUAUGGGUAACGCAUUAACAAGUGCCAAUUUAGCGGCCGCCCAGAUAGUAGGACCAUCGAGAUCACAGAGUCAACAUAAAGAGGCAGACCAUCCUGUGCAUUUUGGGGGAUCACCACCUCCUGAGUGCCCCAUGCACAAAAAGGAAGCAUAUAUAUCCGAGUGUCCUGUUUCUCAUGGAAAAAAUGAUAUUAAUCCUCUUAAUAUGAUGCCUGCACCAAAUCAGAAGCCAGCUCCAGAUCAACCAUUUCCUCUUCCCACUGAAAGGGAAAAAUCUAGUAUUCCAAAGGCAGGGACCGAAAAUGAAUUUUGGGUGUACCCUUCGCAGCAGAUGUUUUGGAAUGCAAUGCUUCGCAAAGGUUGGCGGUGGAAGGAGGCAGAUAUAGCUCCAGAAGAUAUGAGUCAUAUUAUUCGCAUUCAUAAUGCAAAUAAUGAGCAGGCAUGGCUGGAGGUGUUAAAAUGGGAAGCUCUCCAUGCCCGAGAAUGUGGUCACCCGAAGUUGAAGAGUUUUGGAGGUCGGGCCAAAGAUUAUUCUCCUCGUGCUCGCAUUCGUUAUUGGAUGGGGUAUGAACUUCCAUUUGAUCGACAUGACUGGAUCAUUGACCGAUGUGGGAAAGAAGUGCGUUAUGUAAUUGAUUACUAUGAUGGUGGUGCAGUGGAUACUAAAAACUAUAAUUUUGCUAUUCUUGAUGUGAGACCAGCCAUGGACUCUUGGGAGAAUGUAUGGGACCGUAUGAAGGUUGCUUACUGGCGUUGGCGGUAUAGUUUUCAAUCAGAUAGCGAGAAGACUAGUGCUCAAGAUUAAAUAAGGUUCUUGUAAAUGAGUACCUAUAUUGUAAGGUAGGAAUGAACAUUUAGUUUUGUUAGGCAUUCCUGAUGCAGGAAAAUUUUGUGUAGUUAAGUGUAAUAUUAUCAUAGUCUUACAGUGUCAAGCAAGAGAAGGUAUUCCAAGUUCGUAGUUCUAAAUUGAAAUGUAAAUAUACUGUUCAGUUUUUAUGUCAGUGUGUGGCAUGUGUUUAAUAUAAUUUGUGGUGCUAUGAAAUUCAGUGAGAAGUAAAUUGUUAAUUUAUCUCGUGUGCUUUCUGACAAAUUUAUUAAUUUACAGUAUUCAACUAUCAACUUCAUGGCACUUAUUUUCCUCUUCUAUUUCCUUCCCAUCUUUUAACUAAUAUUUGAUUAUGUCAUUUGUAGUGUAUAGUAAUGUAAAUCUAAAUUUUGCUUAUUGGUCACAAUGUUAGUGGAAUCUUCUUGUGAUUGCUUUCAUUACAAUUGUUAGUUUGUUUUGUUAUUAUUUUUGUUUUUUCAAAAAAUCAAGUGGAAUAAGUUAAAUUGGAUAAAUCAAUUUCAACAAAAAUUCUUACAGACAUGAUGCUUGUUCACAACGGCAACAAAACACCGAUUUUUGUAUUGUUUGUUUUCAUAAAAAUAUGUACCAUAUGCUGAAAUAAUGUUUUUUAGCACUUAGUAAGCUUAGAAUAUACAAGAGUUGGGGCAUAAGUUAUGGCAACUCUUGGUGAGAAUAUGAGUAUGGGUGGCGAUGUGAAAUAUACACAUGAAAAGUGUUUCUCCUCUAGAGAACGGCUGUCUUGGUGUAUGAGUGCUUAUCCAAACGGGUUCCAUUCAUCAUGCAUGGUGGCAGUUGGACAACUGAUUUCACUUUUUUGUCAGAGUCACUUGCAGAGCCAACUGUUUAUUUAUUUAUUUACUUCAAAUACAGUUAAAAACUGUGUGUGACAUGCUAUGGGGAGAAGUUCAUUUGAAGUUACAUUCAUGUCCAAAAGCAACACAAGGGGCCAUCUUGGUAUUUGCUCGAGGAACAGGGAAACUGGAUGAAAACCUGAUCGAGAUGGAGGUCAUUGACCCAGAAGCUGAAGUACAUUACUUAUUACAGGUUCUUUACAAUUAUAC